UCUCUUCUACUCCCCCUCCCCCCUCACACAACUGCAACAGCUGCAAAAACUGCUGUCGGUGAUCUCGCAGGUCCUUUCGUUGGGCUGGUCGGGGGGGCUGCAGCAUGGCUUUAUCGUGGAGGAGCUGGUUAGCAAACGAAGGGGUUAAACACCUCUGCCUGCUCAUCUGGCUCUCUCUCAACGUCCUCCUUUUUUGGAAAACCUUCCUGCUGUAUUAUCAAGGACCAGAGUAUUAUUAUCUCCAUCAGAUGUUAGGGCUAGGAUUGUGUCUAAGCAGAGCUUCAGCAUCAGUUCUCAACUUCAACUGCAGUCUUAUUCUUUUACCGAUGUGCCGGACAUUGUUGGCCUUCCUGCGGGGCUCCCAGAAGGUUGCAAGCAGAAGAACAAGAAGGCUUUUAGAUAAAAGUAGAACUUUCCACAUAACCUGUGGUGUUACCAUCUGCAUCUUUUCAGGAGUCCAUGUUGCUGCCCAUCUGGUGAAUGCUCUGAACUUCUCUGUGAAUUACAAUGAAGAUUUCCUUGAAAUAAAUGCAGCAAGAUAUCGAGAUGAGGAUCCCAGGAAACUUCUCUUCACCACCGUUCCUGGAUUGACAGGGGUCUGCAUGGUGUUGGUGUUGUUCCUCAUGAUUACAGCUUCUACAUAUGCCAUUCGGGUUUCUAAUUAUGACAUCUUCUGGUAUACUCACAACCUCUUCUUCGUCUUCUACAUACUGCUGAUGCUGCAUGUCUCAGGAGGGCUCCUGAAAUAUCAAACUAAUCUCGAUGCACACCCUCCUGGCUGCCUCAGUCCUAAUAGAACUCGCCACCUGAAUAUUUCCCUGCCAGAGUAUUUCUCGGAGCACGUUCCUGAACCUUUCCCUGGAGGAUUUGUAAAUCCUGAGCUGUUUAUACAGAACGAGUUUGUGAAAAUCUGUGCAGAGGAGCCCAAGUUCCAAGCAAAUUUUCCUCAGACUUGGCUUUGGAUUUCAUUACCAUUGUGCCUCUAUUGUGCUGAAAGGCUUUACAGGUGCAUUAGGAGUAAUAAGCCUGUGACAAUCAUUUCAGUCAUCAGCCAUCCAUCAGAUGUCAUGGAAGUUCAAAUGAUCAAGGAAAAUUUUAAAGCCAGACCUGGCCAGUAUAUUAUUCUUCACUGCCCAAGAGUGUCUGCACUAGAAAACCAUCCAUUUACUCUUACAAUGUGCCCAACUGAAACCAAAGCAAUAUUUGGGGUUCAUCUGAAAAUAGUUGGAGACUGGACAGAAAGAUUUCGAGAUUUGCUGCUCCCUCCAUCUGGACAAGAUUCAGAGAUUCUGCCCUUCAUCCAGCCAAGUAACUAUCCCAAGCUAUACAUCGAUGGACCUUUUGGGAGUCCCUUUGAGGAAUCGUUGAAUUAUGAGGUCAGCUUGUGUGUGGCUGGAGGCAUUGGAGUGACUCCUUUUGCAUCAAUACUCAACACACUGCUGGAUGACUGGAGACCAUACAAGCUCAGAAGACUAUAUUUCAUCUGGGUGUGCAGGGAUAUCAAGUCCUUUCACUGGUUCGCAGAUUUACUCUGUGUGCUGCAUAACAAGCUUUGGCAGGAGAACCGACCUGACUAUGUGAACAUCCAGCUGUACCUCAGUCAGACAGAUGGAAUACAGAAAAUAAUCGGUGAAAAGUAUCAAGCACUGAAUUCUAGACUUUUUAUUGGAAGACCUAGAUGGAAACUUCUCUUUGAUGAAAUAGCCAAAUGUAACAGAGGGAAAACAGUUGGUGUUUUCUGCUGUGGACCGAGUUCAAUUUCCAAGACCCUUCAUCAGCUGAGUAACCAGAACAAUGCUUAUGGGACAAAAUUUGAAUACAAUAAGGAGUCUUUCAGCUGAAAGCAUUUGGGAACUGACAAGGACAAGGAUGGACUCUUCGAAAGGAUCUAGUGCAAUUUUUGAAACUUCUAAAGUCAGCCACAGCCAACAGAUAAUGAGUGCCCAAGAAUAGUGAGGUUUUCUUAUUUAUGAUUAUUUAAAAUGUUAAUGUAGGGGAGAUGGCAGGAUGAUGAUCCAUCUACAUGGGUUUAAUCUGGGAACCAAAGAGGAUCAGCAAAGUGUGGACUGCCAUGAUUUGGUGUUCAAUGCUUGCAUGAAAAAGAAAGCCAUUAGAUACACACUGUUGGUUUUAUGGCUGAUUGAAGAGCUCCCCAUUGAGUGGCUGAACUUUCUCCACAUGAGGCUGAUUGUCUCUGUCAUCCUUCAGUUAUUUUUGGUUGAACAGGUUCCAGAUUGAUCAAAAUUAAAAAUUCACAUAUAAAGUCAGACUACCUUCUGUGCUUUGUAUACAAACAAAAUAGCUUUAAUUUGGAAAAAAAAAAUCCAGGCAAAGGUAUUAAUACUUUAGACACAGCAACCCAGGACACUAUUAAUACGGGUACUCUGUCAACAUCUAGCCACCUCACUACUGAUGCUGGUACCUCCAUUUAACUCCUGCAGCUCCUAGGCUGUGGGAUGGAAGUUUAUGUGAGUAUGGAUAUGGGAUAUAUAUUUUUAUGUUUUAAUUUUAGCCUUGUAUUCAGUCCAGGGAUUCUACUGUUCCCUGACAGGGGUUGAACCAAAUGCCCUAAUAGUCCCAUCUUUAACAAACAAACAAACAAACAAACAAACAGCCUGAGUAUCAGAGGACGUCUUCUACCAAUUAGCUUUAUAGUCUUGUCAAAAUCAUCUGACCUCUCUGAGCCUCAGUUUCUUCAUUUGUGAAAUCAGGAAGGGAAUUGGUGUAGACGACUUCAAAGCGCUUCUUUAAAAUUUCAUGAAUUUAUGACCCUUCUUUAUAAAAAAAGGAGGAAAAUAGGAUAUUAUGUGUGUACAGUCUCUAGGUGAUUGUUUCUCUCUCCCUUUGAGCAAAGAUGCUCUUUGCAUCUUUUCAUGGUAGAACCCUUCUUUGUUAAGAAUCUACUUAAUAUUCAUUUGGAGAAUAAAAGAAUUCACUUCUUUUUUAAGCUUCCACAGAAAUAAGAUAUUUGUGGGCAUUCCUUGACUGUGGAACUCUCUGAGAUCGCUGAAAGUGCAGUCACUUUACAUAAGCAGGGAGUGGCUAUUUUACCAGGCAGGUGCCACUAGAAUUUUUGCAAUUUAACUCUGGCAUUAAGAAUCAGUUAUUACAGGUUACAGAGCUAAUAACUCCAGUAUUAAAGAUGUUAUCUUUGCAACAUCUAAUCUCAGCAAUGAUAUGUAAUAAAUAUUCUUAACAUUAUACUCAA